GAGCUGUUCGACGUCGUUCUCCUGCGACAGUGCGUCUGUCGGCUUCAAACAUGGCUUCAAGAUUAGAGAUCAAUUUUGUCCGAUUAUUGUCUCGCUGUGAAUCUAUAGCGUCGGAGAAACGAGGGGAAACUGAAUGGAGACUAGAAAAGGUGAGAGCCUCUGUGUUUUUGUCGCUCACUGCUGCAUUUUUCUGUGCUUUAGUAGCCGUCCCAUGUUAGCAUGACUGUUGUUAUUGUUGUUAGCUGCAGCUGUGAGCCACGUCGUCACAGAUCUUUAGGGAUACUCUCCUCUCUGACACACUGACUGUACCUACAAAUGAAACCUAUUAUCCUACAUUUGAUUUGUUAACGGCUUGCUAACCUUGCUUAUCAAAUGAAAUAUUUGGUCGAGUAUACAAUCACACCUAACUCACACCUGUGCUGUCUGACACAAUAGGUAAAUAUAACCUUCAGGAAGGAUAAGUGUAUUAUGUAAGAUGUCUGUUUCUUAAAGAAUAUACUGCCAAAAAGAGUAUCAGUUAAAUACAAAAGCCUGUCUUUUUUAAAAUAAUAAAGAUGUGUAUUUACAGCGAUAUGGGUAUAUGUUAAAAGAUGUGACAUAGGGGAGAGUGGGGUAAGUUGAGCCACCCCUGUUGCUUGGAAACGGUAAAAGAAAUUGAUCAUGUGACCAAAUAUUCAGGAGAUGAACAUCAAUUCAUGGAGUCUGUGAAGGUUAGAAGCACAUGGGUGAAAGGGUUGGACAUUUAUUUACAAAAAAAACAUUUUUCACUCUUGAAAGUGAAUUUAGUCUGUCGUAAGUUUUAUUAGAAUUGUGUUCAGACCAAAAAAGAUAAUGGGUCAACUUACUCUAUACACGGGGUGUAUGACCAUAGGACACCACUUUUUUUUGGCAUGCUAUAUUAUCAAGACAGUUAUGUUUACACUCAUUCUGUUGGUUUGCAGGGAUGCACAACAUCUUGAAAUAUAUGCAGAUACAUUAGUUAGAGACAAAACUAAGAUUGCCUUGAUGUAAAGAUCAGAAAUAUGAAAAAUGGCUCAUCUUACCCCACUCUCCUCUAAUGGACAUCAGGGAAAUUCUAAUAUUGUGCGUUUUCACUGCUGUGAUAUUUGUUUAAAACAUUUGUUAAUUGGCCAGCAUGACUUUUAAAGUAACAUAAGGAAAUAUAUAUAUAUAUAUAUAUAUAUAUGUAUAUAUAUAUAUAUAUAUUUUUAAACUAUCAUUUAUUGUUCUGCUCUUAGUCUAAUUAUACAUAGGCGGUGCGUAUUAAUCAACAUUGCAAUAAAUAUGCCAGAUUUGUCCACAGGCCAAGUAUCCAUCAGUAGUCUAUGUUCAGAUGUAACAUGUAAGAAUAGGGUCCCCAGGAAAAAGCUAUGUCUUUUUAAACAUGAAGGUACGUGUAAAUUGUUCUGUUUUUUUACUAGGCUCUUUGUUUCCGCAGAGACUGUUGAUGUUUUUAAGAAGAGGCUCGAGACUCUCCUUUUUAAUCAGGCUUUUCACUGAGUGCCUUUUUAUAUUUCUCUUAUUGCAAAUAUUUAAUUUAAUUGAAGUUCUUCUUGUUUAUUUUAUGUCAUUUUAUCAAUUAUUGUUCUUAAUCUUUUUCCGAAUCACUGUCUUAGAGGUUUUUACUUCUUUAACCCCUUUUAUAUGGUAAAGUGCUCUUACUUAUCUGUUCAUUUAAUAUGAUUUUCUUGUUUUAGUCCAUCAGGUUUUAGUCUUUCUUUUUACCAUUUUUAUCUUUAUCUCCAGUGUUUCCCAAAGGUAGCUCUUCCCUCACGUAAUGUCUCGGUGUCAAGCCGUGUCUCUUUAACAAUAUAUCUUAAAUUCUCACAUUGUGUGCGCUUGUGUGUGUGUGUGUGUGUAUGUGUGGGUGAGUGAGUGAGGGUGGGUGUGUGUCUUCGUGUGUGUGUGGGUCCAUGGAUGGGUGUGUGGGUGGGACGUUUGGGUUUUAUUGAUGUUAAUUGUUGUUUUUAGCUUCUGUUUGGCACUUUGAACUGCAUUUUUUGUCUGAAAAGUGCCAUGAUAAAUUAUUUAAAAAAUUAUAAUAAAGUUGAAUUUGUUUGAAAAAGUAUAACCCAUCAGACUGUAAAUACCUCUGUAAUGCUUCCAUUCAUGUCUGUUAAAAACAAAUCAAUUGAACAAAAGUUGUGAGUAAUUUUGCGUCCCUCCCAUUUUGCUUUUCGGUAGUAUGUUGGAGCCCUGGAGGAGAUGUUGGUGGCUCUGAGGAAGAGUCAGAGGUAAACUCUCUUUUUUUUCUUUCUAACUCUCACUGUUAGACAGUUGCUAUUUAAGCUUGAACAUGUACACUUUUGGUUGCCAUUGCAAAGCAGCCAAAAAUCAUUUAACCUUCAGAUGUAAAUGGAUGAAGUCCUCUUAGCUUGAUUCUCAAGUUUCAUGCUCACUGCUCACACCAGCAUCUCUCUAGGUUGUUUUUUUUUUAAUUAUUAAAACAAGUAUUUGAUUGCACUGUUACUGACAAACUUUCCUUUCUCAGCAAACCCACACCAGAGGUACUGACUGAAUACACAAGAAAAGUAGAUUUUCUGAAGGGACUUCUAGAAGCCGAGAAACUGGUGAGAAACUAUUUAUUAAAUUCAUCCAUUUGUCUGUUAUUCUAUGGACAGUACUAAAAACUCUGUUAUCACUUUAAUACACAUGGCUUCACAACAAAAGCCCAUAUCUAUUCCUUGUCGAAGGUGUUCAUGCAAAGUUCACCGAAAAUCAGAACUAUCAGUUUUUCUCCUUUAUGAAAUAGUAUUCUUAUUCCUCUUUUGUUCUUGUUCCAAGUCUUCACCCGCAGAAAAGGCCUUAGCUAAUCAGUUCCUCGCCCCUGGGCGCACACCCACUAUAGCCAAUGAGAGGAUGCCCGCCACUAAGACUGUCCACCUGCAGACAAAAGCCCGGUGUACAGGAGAAAUGAGGGAUGAGCUGCUUGGCACAGUAAGAUAUGACCUUCACCUGCAGAAAAAUGAUGACUCAUACCAACACCCCGACAAACCUCUUUAAGUCCCAUUCAUACUCUUUUCUUUUCCUUUUUUUAUUGUAGGGCCCAACUGGCAAAGGUAAGAAAUGUAUUUAAAUUUAAAGGAAUUUUAUCUCAACUCAAAAGUAGAAGGUAACUGACUUAUCUCCUCUUCUACAGGCUCAUCGGAAACAGAGUUGAGGAACAGGAGGUAAAGUUGGGCAGAAUGUUUUUCUGUGUCAAAUUGAGUUGAUUGGUGUUUCCUACAUGUAAAACCGGGCAGGUCAACUGGGUAUAUUACAAGCAUAUUCAAGGUAUAUUUUUGGCCUCCUAAGUAUAUUUGUUGAACAAUUUAUCCUUUUUUUCCUCCAUAGUAGAUUGAUCAGUGAUUGAUAAAUAAUUGUCAAUUUCAACUUCUUCCCUACCCUUGAGUUUGUUUCUACACAAAUGGUUUGUAAGUAGUCAAAAUGAGAGAAGGAGGUCAUUGGAUGUGUCUCUUUUGGGAUGUCACAUGCUGAGUAGGAACCUUCUGGUGAUAUUGAAAUAGAUUGGAUUGGCUGGAUAGGUUUUUAAUACAAUACUAGAUCUCCUCGACAUAAAGGUCCUCUGUUUUGUAGAGAAAAACAUGAGUAAAAUAUUUCCAAAUGAAAGUUCAGUUAUUUUGGAGACCUCAUUACCGUAUUUUUCGCACUAUAAGGCGCACCAUCAGUGAACGCGUCUAUUCGCGUCUAUUUUCAUACAUAAGGUGCACCGGAUUAUAAAGUGCAUUAAGCCAAACAAAACAGUCCGAUAAGUCAAACUUUAUUUAACUCAUUCAAUAACUCCACGAGGCUACAGUAGCUGCAGUGCUCCGACAAGCCAAAAGGAUUUUAAGUGCACCUUAUAGUAUGAAAAAUACGCUAAAUGAUCAGCUGAUGAAGGCAUCAAAGGAGCAACACAUACUUGCAGAGGCUACAACAGGUACCUCAUGAGUCUUUGGAGAACACUGCUGAUUAUGUAGUAUUUAUUUUGGUUUAUGUAAGAGAGUGAAUGGCUGCCAGUUGCUUCUGUAAUAUUCAGUGUUGUUGUGAAAGGUAAGAUGCGCUCUUGUUGUAACUUUUGGUAACUUUUCCUGCACACAAGUAGACAAAAGUUUUUUGUCUGUUUUUCCCUCAUGCAGAGGUUUUGUGGAUGAGCGUCAGUCUGCAGCAGAGCUAGAGGCUGUCCUACAGCACCACCACAACCUGCAAGAAAAACUUGCUGACGACAUGCUCAACCUGGCCCGGAAUUUGAAGAACAACACGCUGGCGGCACAGAACAUCAUCAAACAGGACAAUCAGGUGACAAAUGACACUUUGCUUAUUUAAAGGUCAUUAAUUAAUUAUGUUAUGUUAACAUGUGACAGGAUGUAGGAUGGAUGAUAUAGUUCUUUUCAGAUAGACUUGAAUAGCACCUGGGUAAGGCAUUAGAUAAACAGAGUAGUAUAGAGAAAACAGUAGGACCUGAAAGCUAUCAGGUUGUCAAGACUGCCCAACAAAAGCAGCAGAAAAACCUUCUCCAUUAGUUCAAAACAAUCACAAAUACGGUCAUACACACGUGACUCCCGUAGUGGCAGAGACGGCGGACUUAGUGAUUAAGGGGAUAAUUACAGUGGGAAGGAGGGCCAAAGAGCCUUGUGUGAGUGCAGCCCAAGUAGCGUGAGUUUGAUGUUUGUGUGCUCAGUAUUGAACCUCAUGAUCACAUUAGCUGUGCUCUCUACCCUCCUCCCAGACACUGAGCCACUCAAUGCGUCAGGCAGACCUGAACUUCGAGAAGCUGAAGACAGAGUCCGAGCGGUUGGAGCAGCACACCAAGAAGUCUGUCAACUGGCUGCUGUGGAUCAUGCUCAUCCUGGUCUCCUUCACCUUCAUCAGCAUGAUCCUCUUCAUCCGAAUCUUCCCCAGACUCCGAUGAUGACAACUUACAGUCCUGAACUCUUAGUCUUAUUGUUCUCCUGUGUUUACAGCACAGCAGCAGUGUUGGCGUCAUACAUCUACAUAUCAGUGGUGGUUGAAACCCAAACGAACACAGUUUGAUGAACUGAAACGUUGCACUUUUCACACUGAAGUUUGUCUUCCUAACAGGCAAGUUUAAAAGUGGCUUGAAGCGUUCUUUUUUUAAAAUCAAUGCAGAACACAAACAGAGGCAAAGUUUUUCUUUUUUGUUUGUUUGUUUUUGAGGCCCUUAGGUAGCAGCAAAAAAAAGUUCUGAAUACUGACACAGCAGAGACUGAGCCUUAAUUAUUCUUUUCUUUUUCGUCAAGUAGGCCACGAGCCAUUUAAUAUAUGUAAAUCUAAGUCAUCGACUGUACAACAUUUUUCUCAUCUCUUUUCUGACAUAGUUCACGAACCGUCCAUUAUCUGCUAUAUUCUUCAAAACCUACGCCUCAAAAGUAUAUUGGCUUAAAAAUAAAAGUUAGAGAUACAAAAUACAAAAGAGCUGUGGAUGUUUGGUAACACCUAAGUCUACCUUUGAGAACCUAUCAGCAUUAUACAGACAUUUGAUGCAUAGCACCACACACUGUAAUGUAGUUAUAUAAAUCCAUAAGAGGAUUAUUGUGUAUUUUCUUCUAUAAAGAUAUACUUUACAUCGUCAACUCAGCAUUUUACCAGAGUGUUAUGAAUGGCAACCUCCACCUAUGGGUGCCCACAGGAAGAGUAAAAUAUAUACUACAAUCCCAAGAGGAAAAAAGGUAGACCCUGUUAAAAAUCAUAUUAUUUCAAGCCUAUAGUCACAGAAAAUAGUGCUGAAACAGAAAUAUUAUGCUUUAUAGAAAUAUACAGUCAUUUUAAAAUUUAUGCCAGCAAGACAUUUCAGAAGAGUGUUGCUGUCGUGUUUCAUCACCUCUUUUUUGGGGCCAAGGAGGCCGUUUUUUUUUUAGUUUUGAAGGUGAAAUUUUGUCCAAUUCUUUCCUGAUGAAGUUUUUCAGCUGUUUAACAAUAAGGAGUUACCUCUGUUGUGUCCUUCAUUUUACGAUGUGGGAAAUGUUUUCAAUAAGCACCUCUUAUUCUUCGACUACAGACUCAUGGGAGGUUGCAAUGCAAACGGCAUUGCCUGGAAGCAGCAUAUGUGGGGCCAAAACUAGCUUUGCCAUAAUCGCUCUUGAUUCUGAUACCAGUAUGGAUGGGAAUCAUUAGGACUGUGUGCUGGAAACAUACAGUGUCUUGAAUUUCCAAAACCAUGGGAAACUUGGAUUUGUCAGACCACAGGGCAAUUUUGUCUUCAACCUCAGGUCAUCUUAAAUGGCCACAGGCCCAGAGAAGUGUGUCCAGAUCAUGUUAACAUACAGUCCCUCUCUGGGUGGUACGCUUAUAACCUGUAUUUGUGGAUGUAGUUGUGGACUUUGAUCACAGCCUGGUUCUUGGAGGUCAUUUAGGCCUAUGCAGUGAUUCCCAUACAGAGUCAUGUCAGCUUUUAAUGCAAUGCUAUCCGAGAACACAAAGAUCAUGGACUAUCAUAGCAUUUUUUUUGUUUUUUGUUCUUGCUGUCCCAGCUUUUUUGAUACAUGUUGUGCUCAUUAAAUUCAAACAAGCAUAAAUACUUAAGAAAUGUUUAUUUUUUUUAGUGUCAACAUUUGAUAUGUUGCAAAACUACUUAUAUCAACAUUUUUUCAGUCCAAACCUUUUGAAUGGGGUUGUAAAAAGUAAAUUUCUCAACACACAUGAUAUAUAAUCGAAUACCAAAGGUUUACAUAGAGCUUCAAAAUGUUAAUCGAUGGAUAGAAGUAAAGUGUUACCAAUUGUUUCACAUAGAGGAAAUAUAAGAAAACAUCACAAACUACAAAAACACAAUCCAAGAGUCCUUUUUCCUGGUAAAUUUCAGAGAAAAAAAAUCAUAGGUGGGAGGUGAGGGGCUUUGACCCAGUUGGUUUCUUCAGUUCAUUACUCUUUACUGACUGUCAUUCCUUUUCUUUUCUUUUCUUUUUCCAAGUGUGCGUCUUACUGGCUGAGUCAGAUGACAUGAUUCUGGAGGUGGUUUUGCUGGACUGCUGAUGGCAGAAUUAAACAUAUCAAAACUAUCUAUAUCAGGGAAAGCAGCUGUUAGGUGUGAGAAUUUAUCAACAACAACCGUCUCUGACUUUAUUGACUGGAAGAUGAAAUACCAGUACUGACACUGAACUGUAUUUAAGCAGAAAUGUGAGAGCUGCAGUGACUGCAUUUGACCACUGAGUGUCAGUCUCAUCCUUGGAAUAUGGUCAGAAAAUAACCUCUCUGACCCUGAUGACUUGAUCAAGCCAUGAUGCCCAAAUUAACCCUCCUACUUGUUUAGAAGUGAUCUGAGGACUCAAGUAUGUCUAAAUAAAGGCAGUGGGCAAAGAAAAAGCGCACAGCAGCCAUGUGUGGCUCUCUGUUAUCUGUGCGUUUGUCUUCACUCGCUUUGAUUUUGACAGCAUCUGGUGCAGAAGGUGUAUUUUACCUGCAGUCAAGCCCUAAACAGGUUAACAUUCCUGCUGUGCUGUCAGUCUCUUUGUCCUCUCAGGCCUGUGGAGCCGACUCUCCUGUCCAGGCUUGCAGGUCUGCCCCCUGGCCCUUCCUCUCUCCCUUCUCCCCAGCUAGUGCCCCACCUCGACUGGCUGGCUGGGCCUUGACCUGGCCUGCUGUGUAUUUUAGGAUCUCUGGGGGGUAUUUUGCCUGCUGGAAGCUGAGGUAUGCAGGCCACCGGGAGACCAAAUGAGGUUGUGUCAUUGCAGAGGGCCGUCAUCCCUCAGUUUAAUAGCAGCUGUUUGCGCCUCCAUUCUCAGGCCCUGACUAAAGCUGUGGCUGUGUGUGAUCUGCUCUCUGAGGCUGCAGCUCUGCUUUUGAACUGAGACUACACUGCAUGACUUCAUCAGCGUUGUGGUUUCUCAUGUUCAUUAUGGAUGUAUUAUCCCAUUAGCUGUGAAAGACUGUUUGGUUUGAGUUUCUUAACCAGACUGCAGAGUCUUAGAUCUUGUAAGCAUAAGUUCCUAUAUUCAGCGAACGCCUGAUGAUCAGUGGGACUCCUCAUUAACAGCACUUUUAACCUCUGACCCAGGAAACCUGAAUGGGCUCCUUCCUGUGCUCUUUUCCCACAGGGCUGUUCUGAAAAUAGUUCUCAACACACUAUGUGCUCAAGAAGUUGGCUUGAAGUUUUAGUAGGUUCACUUUAUAACCAUUGUUUAAUUAGACACUUUUUAAAGCAGUUUUUAUAACCACUGUGAGGGGAACAAAGUACAUUUACUCAAAGGUUGCUCUUUAGUGCAGUUUUUUUGACACAGAGGUUCUUGUUGAAGUAUUUUGAUUUAUACUCUAUGGUAUAUUUUCAAUAGAUAUAAUUAAUUAUUCAAUUGACCACCAAGAUUUUAUUGUUUGUUAAAGGUAUAUUCCAGUGUAAAAUUAAGGUCAAACACACCGUAACACCGAGUUAGACACCCCGUUAAGAGAUGAAUGCUGCCCAUUGCUUGCUUCUCUUGUUAUACCAACUUUAAUAACGACCCCACGAUAGCAAUACACAGCGGUCUGAGGAGCCAUAAACAAACCUCAACCAAAAAGCCACUCUAUAGCCACAAAUAAUGCUCAGAACAGCACCUAACUUCAUCAACAGUGCAUAUAGGGUCCUAGCCGUAGCAGUACACACCAAACAUCUCCUAAGAUGUACAAAGCUAAAAAUCAACAUCGGAUGGCCGUGACAUUCUGGCUUUCAUUAAAAACAGACAUGACUCUGUAUGGAAAUCACUGCAUGGGCUCUGAAUCACCUCCCAAAACCAGAAUCUGUGGUCACAGUCCACAACUACAUGCACAAAUGAGACUGUGCCAAGCAGAGAGGAAAUCUGAAUGCAUCACUUUGACUUGGCUUGAGGGAAUGUAGAAAACUGUCCUGUGGUCCUGAUCAAAAUUUAACAGUCUUUGUAGAAAUCAUGACCGGCACUAUUAUUGCUGAAUAUUAUAUACAACAUUUACAACUGUUCAGACAGUACCUUUCUCAGAGAAGACAGAGCCAAAAGGGUGUAGGUGCUAAAAUGACCUGCCUGCAGUCCUGACUUAAUAACAUUUGGUGCAUCAUGACAUCAAAAAUAUCACAAAGGAAAGGAGACCCUGAACUGUUGAGCAACUAAAACUCUAUACCAUUACAGACACUUUUGGAUUACUAAAUGCCUAUGAUUUCCACCACAGUGGCAAUAGGACUACAUUUCACUUUCAAAACUCCAGAAACUGCAGUGUUGUUCAGGAGGUGAUGCAACACAAUAGUAAAUUUUCCCUGAAUCAGCUUUUUUGAAGCACAUAGCUGAUAUCAAAUGAUGAGCAGAUAGCAGUUUUUUUAAUUUCAUUUGCUUUGUUAUCUUUGCACUGAUUUAAAAAUAUAUAUAUAGGAAUUUGGCUGUUUCUUUUGGGAUGCAAAAUGCCUUCAGAUCAAGACUGAAAUCCUAUUUUGGAGAACUUAUAACCACUCACAGCUCUCAGUUUGGAGCAUUUAAACCUUUUAUGAAUCAUUUCUUAUCCCCACGCAGACUCUGGAUAUGUAGAAACAUAGAGGUUGAUAUGAAAGGAUGAACAACACAAAAUGUCAUCUGUCGUUUAAUGGUGAAGUAGUGGGUAAGCAAAAGGUAUAGCUGUGUCAUACACUUAUUUAAUUUCAGUCUAAGUGUGUGUGUGAGAGUAUGUGCGUGUGUGGUAGUAUGCUUUUAAUUGUUUUGAUCCCUCCGAACAGUGGAGGAACAAAUUGUUAAGCAUGAGAGAACCUUCAUCCUCUCUUAAUGCAGCUCUGUGCCUGUGAAACACCACAACACUCCACUCUUUUUAAUUUAGUUUUUGGCUGCAGCUACAGGAGGAUUUAGGUUGCCCACAGAGAUGAAGGAAAUUUUCUCUUUUUUCUCUUUUUCCAUCGACUUCGUUGUGGGAGCAAAAGGGUAAAGAGAGCUUUUCUCUUUUUUUUUUUCCUUUGCCAAAUUUUGCAUGUGCUGUUGUGUUAAAGACCAAAUGGGAGCGUAAAAGGCUGCACUUAGUCAGCUCAAGAAGUGAGUCACUAUCUUACAGACACGUAGUCUCAUUCAUGGAGAACCGACAGACCUGGUCCUGUCUUUACCCCAUAGUUUACAUUGAUUUCAGAACGACACUUUUACAGUGAAAUCUCCAUGAUUUUAAAAAGUACUUUAUUAUUUUUAUUGACUUGCUGCUUUCAGAGUUAAAUUUUCCAUUUUUUUGUUCUCUGUUUCCAGGAUUUCUAAGCACAGAGAUGGAAACCUUAAAAAAUGGACAGUGAAAACUUAGGGCUUGGUGAUGGAAAUAAGUCCAGUGUUUUUAUCACAUUUUCCCCACAAAUCUAUAUUCUAUUAAAGUCGCCCCUUGGCUGUUAAAUCCGAAGAGUGGUUGUGAAGUUUCCAAGGCGUCAUUGGUUGGCCAAUUAAUGGGAAUUUGACAUAAUCAGCAUCAUAAUGGCAUCAUCCCUCACAAGGCUGAUAUCACCAUCAUCUUUACUAAAUUAAAAACACAUUUACUUCUUCCAAAUGACAGCAAAUCAAAUCUAAGCUAGAAACAUGGGCUUGUGUUUCAUAUACAUUUAGCUGUGAUGAACAGAAUAAUGCAGAUGCUUUUGACAAGAAUCAGUCAUGCUUUUGAAUGCCUUUGAAUAACCCACCGUGACUGUCUGGUUCAUCAGUUUAUUGACAGAUUCCUCUCAGACAUAUUACCAGCUAGAAUAAUCAUUUGUAUCACACACAAAUUCCUCUUUUUUAUUUUGUCACCAAUAUUUACCCUGUAUUUUUUCUUUCUUUAUAAUCUUGAUAGCCAGAGAAAAAUUGGCAAAACUUAAGGAAAACUUUAGGAAAGCAAAUACUGUCACCGCCAAAUUUAUUUGAUAAAAAAUUUACUUAAUUUCAACAAUCUUGUUUCUAAUUUGAGAGUAUUGUUAAAUUGUUGUAUUUUUUUUCAAAUUAAAAAACCCAAACAAUAAUAGGACACCAGCAUUUAAUAUCAGCCCUCAGCCAACCGUCUCUCUCAUUAUUGGUAUCAGUGUCAGCAUCAGCUCUGGAGUCUCUCCGAUGAGAGCUGCCUUUAUGUUGAUCUCAGUCUCCUAAUCUGUCUCAUCUACACGGGUGCUGAAGCCAUUUUUCUUUUUUCUUUUCUGUCACUGUUUCCCUUGUCGAGCCCCGCCUCCCUGCUUGCGAGCGACCGUUUCUAUCAGUAUCUCUGUCUGUCUGUGUGGUUAUGUUGUGUCUGUGACUCCAUCACAGCCUCUUCUCAGGCUACCAUCCUAAUGAGGGUCCCUCUCAAAUCUCACAAACACACUUGUCUGACUGUGUUGUGGCUUGUGAGCUGACGCAGAAGGACCUGUGGCAUCCACUGAAAAAUCCACACUGAUUUCAGAGAAUAUAUCCUCCAAUCACAGAUGGAUCAACCAGCUGCAAUAUGCUAUCACAAACUGCAUGUUUGGAGUAUGUGUAUGUGUGUGUACAUACUUGUGUGUUCCUGCCUGUACAUGUAUAAAUGUUUAUUGGACCCCAAA